AUGGCGAGGCUGACCUCGUCCACAAGGCCUAGGAGGCCCUCGCUGGCGGUAAAACAGCAACAGUUGCUGACACCGUCUUCAACGACGAGUGGUGGACGAUUUCAGCAAGCUUACACUGCCAAGCUGCGGCAAGAAGAUGCACAACAUGAGCGCACCGACAGAAACCCUCCGUCGUCGUCACAAGAUGGAAGACAAAAGCCUCCACCUGUGGGUACACCGGAUUUUCUCGACGACGAUGACGACGAAAUCCUUGAUUUGACAGGCAACGAUACGAUCUUGUCAUCUGACUCGAUUGCAUUCGACGAGGUGGCUACAAUAUGGAACAAGGAACUUGCUUCAAGACCAGAACCGUUGACCAAACGUGGCCAUAAGAGAAAAAGCACAGAGAUGAGCAAGGCAGGAGAUUUCGACUCGGACCCGGAUGAAUUCCCGGACAUCUACAAGACACUGGGAACACCAGCGCCAAAGGAUAGCCGCUCAGUUAAUGGCCCGAAGACGAUCCCAUCAAGUAUUCGUCGGGCGACCACCACCGACGGCGGCGUCGUCGAAGAACGAACUAUCACGCAGACAAUCAGCCGGACGCAGCGUACCUACAAGAUGACCGACGAAGGGAAUGGGAACGGGACACCGCGCCGGAUACCAAUGGCACUUGGAACCCAACAGGCCCUUGGAAGGACUCCAAGCAAAGCGCUGCGGAUAUCGUCAAGCCCCGAAUCGAGAAGCAGAAUCAAGCCACUGAAUCUCCAAGCGAGCACGAACAAGCAACGUAGCAGACCUCGGGUUAUUCAAGAUUCGGAUGACGAAUUUGAUGAUGAGGAUAUCGAUGAGGAGCUUCUUGCUACGCCGAGCCGACAUAAUGGCACUCUUCUGCCAGCGACGAACCCGAGAUCGAGACCGGCAUCAAUUCCUUUGGAUGGUGCCGAGUUGUCUGACGGACUUGUAGCACCCGAUACCCCUUCCCGGCCCGAUCCAUCGGUAUUGCAGAUUGUAAAUCGUCUUACGCCGGUCGACACGAAUCAUGUACACUCCUUGCAUCGACGAGACUUGGACAAGCCACUAUCCCAGCAAAGUGGCUCGUCCCAGGGACAAAAGCCAGCUAUUCUCAAGUUUAUCCUGAGCAACUCGGACUCAAUGACGGUAAAGGAAAAAAUGAUUCAGGAACAACUCGAGCAGAACUCCAAAGAAUAUUCAAGGGUUCUACGGGAGGGUUCCAAAGAAGAUCGUGCUCAACUCAAGAGCGCGAAGGAGUUGCUGCUAAAGCAACAAGCUGGUCUGAAUGAAGUUUCCGAACUUCUCAAGUCUCACGCGAAACUUGUGGAUGAGAGGGAGUCUCUCGCACUGCAAAUUGCCGACGCCUACGACGAAGGCCGCGAUACUGAAGUCGACGAGAACCGUUUAGACGAUAUCGCAGACAAAGCUAAAGAUUUGGAGCAAUCCAUUAGCCGACUUCUUCCAGGCAUUGGUAUAGAUGGCGAGUCUUUCAUCGAAGAGUACCGCAGGUCAAAGUCCAUCGUCAUGAGUACACAGCCUGGUCACAAGGGUCUCUCGAGGGCAUCGAGAGAUGUGCAGACAGCCAUGGAAAUGGAUAACCAAGUCAUCCAUCAGACACAGUUUCCUGGGUCGUCCAGACUGACCGACCCCAGAGACUGCUCGCCGCCGCCGUUUCCACGAGGUAGAUCCCAGGCGCCCAGGAGUGCAAAGCCUCUUGCUUCGAAUGCCAAACCACCUAGGCGGGACGAAUUUGACGACAACUUUUUCGACGAUAUUGAAGAUGAUUUUGGUACUUUUCAUCCUCCUUUGCCACCUGUAUCCAGACCGACACCGAACCGCAGAAGUCCCCUGAAGAAAACACGUCCUCGUGCUCAGGACAUGUCGAGCGACUAUGGCGAUGAUGCAGAUGCGGACAUGCUCGCACUCGCUCAAGACUUCGAGCUUCGCCAGUCUUCAUCCGCUGAGACCACCAGAGGCAGGAGUGUGCUUACUGCAACCUCUGGCAACACCACUCAGCUCUCAAAAGGUGUCGAAUCCCUCAAGAAGAGGGAACCGCCUAAAACGAAGCUGUCAAUCCCUCCCGAGCUGAUGAAACACCCGUGGUCCGCAGACGUACGGAAGGCGCUGAAAGACAGGUUCAGGAUGAGAGGCUUUCGCUCAAACCAGCUUGAGGCAAUCAACGCCACGCUCGCGGGCAAGGAUGCAUUCGUGUUGAUGCCGACAGGUGGAGGAAAAUCCCUAUGCUACCAACUUCCGGCUAUCAUCAGCAGCGGGAAGACGAGGGGAAUCACGAUCGUUGUGUCUCCUCUGCUCAGUCUUAUGCAAGACCAGGUGGAUCAUAUGUCAGCUCUCAACAUCCAAGCGGUCUCUCUCAAUGGCGAGACAAAUGCCCAGAAGCGGAACCAAAUCUUUUCUUCGUUCAAAGAAAGGAGCCCGGAACUUUACAUACAGCUCCUUUGCCAAGUCUUCUCCCAGAGCUUCAAUCGGCCAAAUCUGACGUACGAGGUUCGCAGGAAAGAAAAGGAACUAAUUCAGAAGAUCGCCGAUCUGAUCACAUCCAAGUAUAGUGGUCAGUGUGGAAUCAUCUACACUCUCUCCAGGAAGACCUCGGAGCAGGUGGCUGAAAAGCUACGUUCCCAAUACGGCGUCAAAGCAAGUCACUAUCAUGCGCAAAUGACACCUGAAGACAGAAUCAGAGUACAGCGCGAAUGGCAAGCGGACAAGAUCCAUGUCGUUGUAGCAACGAUCGCUUUUGGUAUGGGCAUCGACAAGCCUGACGUUCGGUUUGUUAUCCACCACUCGGUACCCAAGAGCUUGGAAGGCUACUACCAAGAAACAGGACGCGCUGGAAGAGACGGCAACCCUUCCGAUUGCAUUUUGUUCUUUGGAUAUCAAGAUGUCGCCACCCUGAAGAAAAUGAUAGCCGAUGGCGAGGGCAGCGAGGCGCAGAAAGAACGACAGAGAAUCAUGCUUAACAGGGUUACUGCCUUCUGUGACAACCGGGAGAACUGUCGCCGUGUAGAGAUUCUUCGUUACUUCGGAGAGGUCUUUAACCCCGAUGACUGCGAGAAGACGUGCGACAACUGCCGAGCAGGAGCUGUUUUUGAACAGCAAGACUUCUCUGAACUCGCCAACGCGGCGAUUCAGACCAUUGAAAUUCACGAGCGCCUGACUAUCAAUCAGUGCAGUGAUAUUCUGAUGGGAAAGAAGUACCAAAGGACGAUUAACCCCCAUCCUGAUGAUCCCCACGGCAUCGCCAAGGGGAUGAAGAAACAUGAGAUCGAGCGUAUCCUGGACAGGCUCACAGCGGAAGAAGCUCUUGAAGAAGAGAAUGUGGUGAACAAGAGGGCCGGCAUUGCGAUCCAAUACCUCAUUGUUGGUCGCAACGCUCACUUGUUCCUCAACGGGCGCCGCAAGUUGCUGUUGUCGGUUCAGGUUUCCGAUAGGAAUAGGGAAUCGUCGGUACCAAAGCCCAAAAAGCGGGCUAAGAAGAGCAAGAAGGAUGAUGGGCAGGAUCUUGACGAAGAAUCGUUGAGACGCCUGCCACCUUCGACGAACGUAUCUUCGCCUGCCCAAGUUCGGAGAACUCAGGACAAGAGGAAGAAGGGCAAAUCCCUAGCGACCAUUGUUGAUUCCGACGAGGAAGACGAGAUGUUGUUACAAGCCAUGGAAGAACAGAAUCUGUCCAUGCAUGCAAACGGGUAUAUCAAGGACGGCUUCGUCAUGUCCGACAAUGAUUCUGACGAUGGCUUCGAGCCACUGCCCAAGACCCGAAAGCGAGGAGAUACCUCCAGGGGUCUCGGCCCUCGUAUUGAAGGGGAUGGACGUUUGGGCAGCCUUGAUGAACUGCAUCAAGACGUCGUGCACAACUUUGUCGAGGAGGCUAAGCAUCUGGAAGAGUCGUUGCGCAACGCGCAGGGUCUGCGGAAACCUCUUUUUUCUGAGAAGAGUUUCCAGGAAAUGGCCAUUCGAUGGACAACGACUCUGCCUCAGAUGCGCCAGAUCCCGGGGAUUGAGGCGGAGAGAGUGGACAAGUUCGGCAACAAGUUCAUUCCUCUGAUCAAGCGCUUUCAGAGUAACUACAAGGCUAUGAUCAGCAUUGCCGACGAAGAUGAAGACAUGGACGCGGGCGAGCAGGACGUGGUCGACUUGAUCAGCUCUGACGAAGACGAGGACGAAGCCAUGGAGGACGAGGAAGAGGGAGAGGAAUCCUCAAAGUAUUUUAGUAGCGGACCGCCUCCCCUCGUACCUGCCGUCCAAGAGUGGAACGAGCGAAUGAGGGAACUAGACACGGCCCCUUCAUCCCGAGCCCCAUCGUCGAGCUCAGCACGGGGGCGCGGUGCGGGUGGCCGAGGCGGCCGGAGGUCAGGCUCUCGCAAAGGUUCUAGCACAUGGGGAGGCUACAAAAAGCAAGGGGGCGGCGUUACCAAAAGAAAGGCCGCCGGCGGAGCAAGCAGGAGGAGCAGCGGUGGGGCAACCGCUUCAGGCUCGAAGAACGGAUCUGUGACGAGCUACCUCACCAAAGGUGGAAAGAGAGGCGGAAGGGGAGGUGGCGGCAUCGGGCUGAUGCCGCACUGA